AUGGCUGUUCUCGAUACCAAAGAGGCCUUGGCUGAUUAUGGAACAAGUUACCAUGUUGAUGACAGCGUAUUAAAAGAAUUUCCUGAGGGUUCAAAAGUGUUGGAAGCCAAACGGUACAGUACUGCAGCAUGGACGACCGCAAUGCGAGUCAUCGUCGAGCUGCGAAAUGGAAAUACACAGUCCUAUUUUCUGAAGUCUGCUCCGAAUGAGAUGGGCAAGUCCAUGAUGGAGGCCGAAUUUCGUUCAAUGGAGGAACUAUACUAUUACAUGCCUACCAUGGUGCCGAGACCAAUUGCAUGGGGUCAACUCACCCAGUCCUCGCCCGAUACCUACUUUUUGUUACUUGAAUUCAUCGAACUUUGCAUGGACAUGGUAGACCCUGUCGCAUUCUGCGACCAGAUUGCAACAUUACAUAAGAUCAGCAAAUCUCCUACAGGCAAAUUCGGCUUUCACCUUGACACUUUUCAAGGUCCGAGCAGGCAGAUCACCGAAUGGGAGAGUGACUGGUGCAGAUAUUUUACGAGGCUGCUCGAUGAGCACUUUGUGGCUGAAGUUGACCAGAACGGCCCAAACGAGGACUACGAAAAGUUAUAUUCAACACUGAAGAAUAGGAUCAUCCCACUACUUCUCAAGCCGCUGCAAGAGGAAGGAAGAUCCAUCAAACCAUGUCUCAUACAUGGUGACUUAUGGGAAGAGAACACAGGCACUGACCUCAUUACCGGCAGGACUGUGAUCUUCGAUGCCUCUGUUCACUACGCUCACAAUGAGAUGGAGUUGGGCAUGUGGCGUCGAGAUGUCAUCCGCUUUGGCAAAGCUUACUUUCGUCAAUACCUUCGAAACUUUCCUCCGAGUGAGCCCGUCGAACAAUGGGACGAUCGGAAUCGUUUAUACUCUCUGAAAUACAAUCUAUGCCAAGCAUUGGCCUGGCCAGCCUCUGCUGAGAUGACACGAGAAAUGUGA